AUGCCCGCCGACAGAGCGCCUAUCCCGUCCAACUGGACUGAGUACGAAAGAGGUGGACGUCGUGGCUCGUCAGAGACUCUGGAGAGCCAUGUUCAAUGGGGUGCAGACGUCCAUGAUGCCCCUGAGCAUGCUGCCGGGUCGCCAGAUGCUCACCACACACAAGGACUGCGACAUAGAAGGUGCGCAAUGUCGAUCCUAUGCGCUGUUCUCUCGCUGACUCGGUUUUCCUNNAGGUCGUCAAUGUCCAUGAAGAUCAACACUCUGCGCCAGGCUGGCGGCGUCAACAGUAUCGACAACUUUGCAAGAUCAUGGCAGCGUGCAGCUGGCUUCUACGAAAUCGCACCCGUCAGACCGUCAUUCCGUGUAUCCGAGACCGAUGAGGAGAGUGUAAGAGAUUCGGAAGAUUAUGAGAGACAGGACAUUGCAUCGUCAUUUGGAGAGCAGAGAGGUCUCUUGAGGCAGGCGCUGGCAGACGGACGCAAGCUGUCUGAUCAUGCUGUCUCGGACGCUGGAGAACCCUCCGAGGCAGGCACCAUUCGCGCUCGUGUCCAGCAGGGCGAUGACAGCAUCUUCCAAAUCGAGCCUCAGUUGACCACUCCCUUCAGCGGCAGCUAUGGAACAAACUACGGAAGCCUGUCUUCGAGGGUCAAUGAGUCGUCAAUGCGCCAUGCUGGGCGUCUCUUCCAGAAGCAGCAGAUGUCGGGUGUCAACGACCCGGACAAGGAGCGCGAGCCUCUGCUCGUCAAGCAAGUGGAAGAAGACGACGGCAAGAUUGUGAACGUCGUGGUAGGCCAGUCGACGCUGCCCCAGACCAUCUUCAACUCAGUCAACGUUUUGAUUGGUGUUGGUCUUCUCGCUUUACCAUUGGCUAUGAAGUACUCUGGUUGGGUUUUCGGCCUGGCUUUCUUCGCUUUCGCUGCCGCCUCAACUCGCUACACCGCAAAACUCCUGGCCAAAUGCUUGGACGUCGACAACUCUCUGAUCACUUUUGCCGAUCUUGCCUAUGUCUCUUUUGGCUCCAAGGCCCGUCUUGCGACCAGUCUUUUGUUCAGUCUGGAAUUGAUUGCAACGUGUGUUGCCCUUGUAGUCCUCUUCGCUGACAGUCUCAAUGCUCUGAUCCCUGGUUGGGGUCUCAUGGAGUGGAAGAUUGUCUGCGGUUUCAUCCUGAUUCCUCUCUCUUUCCUACCCUUGAGGCUGCUGAGUUUCACCAGUAUUCUUGGUAUCGUCUCUUGCUUUGGCAUUGUCCUUUGCGUUGUCAUCGACGGAUUCAUUAAGCCUCACACUCCUGGUUCUCUUCGCGAGCCUGCAAAGACUUACCUCUUCCCUGAGAACUGGGCAACACUUCCCCUGAGUUUAGGUCUCCUCAUGUCGCCCUGGGGCGGCCACAGUGUGUUCCCCAAUAUCUACCGUGAUAUGAGACACCCUUACAAGUACAACCGCGGUCUGAACAUCACCUACGCCUUCACUGCUACCCUUGAUCUUUUCAUGGCUGUUGUGGGUCUUCUCAUGUUUGGUGACGCUGUCAAGGACGAAAUCUCCAGCAACAUUCUUGCCGAUGAUGGUUACCCCCAAUGGUUGUCUGUCAUUAUCGUCGUCUGUGUGGCCAUGAUUCCUCUGGCUAAAAUUCCUUUGAACGCACGCCCCAUCGUCAGUACACUGGAGAUUCUCCUUGGACUGGACGCCCGUGCAGUCAGCAACUCUACUUCCCUCCACGGAAUGUCUGGCCUCAACCGCGGCAUCCUCAAGGCUACGAUUCGCAUUCUCUGCACUGUCGUCUUUGUGAUCUUGGGUAUCCUCGUCCCUGAAUUCGAUCGCAUCAUGAGUUUACUGGGCUCCAUUGCUUGCUUCACCAUCUGCAUCAUUCUCCCUCUCGCAUUCCACCUCAAGAUCUUCGGUGAUUCCAUUCCUCGGGCUGAGAGAAUCAUGAACUGGGUGUUGAUCAUCAUCUCAACAAUUCUUGCCCUCAUUGGUACAGCGUUCAACUUUAUCCCCAGAUCAGUGCUGGGAAUUGAAGAAUAG